AUGUCUGAUGAUAACUUUGAUAUAGAAAAACUAGAGUUUGGAAAAGAAUUAAACGGAAUAAAAUGUUUGAAUUUAAGUGAGCUUAGAUUACUGCUAGAAGACAGAAUGAGAACUUAUCCAUCAAGCUCUGAUGAAGCUCACACAUUAAUUAAGGCUGCUUACGAUUAUUCAUAUAAAUUUGGGAAAAUUAAGAAUAGAGCAUCCGUUAUGCUAAUUAGAGAGGCCCUUGACGAAACCACAAAGUUACAUGAAUUCGAAAUAGCAUCUUUAGUUAAUCUCUUACCUAGAACUCCUGAUGAAGCAAAGAGUUUAAUACCAUCACUAUCGAGACUACCUAACGACCACAUUGAACGUAUAAUCAUAAACUUAGAAAGCCACAGAACAUACUCGACUUAG